AUGGCCGUGUGUGCCCACUGCAAGGCUCGACACUGGGAGUGCAAAGGACGAACCGGACACUUCAGCACGUGCUGCUUGCAGGGUAAGGUGCAGCUACCUCCUCUCUCCGGCCCAAUCCCGAGUAUCAAUAGCUACUUGAAGGCUCGGAUAGCGGUCAGUUGCUCCGUCCAACGACAUUCGUCUGUAGUAGGCCCACAUGCUGAACUGUGCGACCCACCUACACAGAAGCUAAGGCAUUCCGGCGUUCCGCGAGAAUGCCCGGUCGUACAACAACGCGCUGUCUUUCACUUCGCUUGCUGCUCACUUCGACCAGAUACGACUCGGCACUUUAGGACCCCCGUGUUCGCGUGUUUGGUCACCUCUAUCAUCGACUCGGUGCCCUGAUCCCCGCCGUGAAUCAACGCCCAGCCUUUGCUCAGACAUGGCUCAUCGACCCGGUCGAGGCCACCGACACUCGACUUGGACCCAACAGCCCAGACCGUCGCAUACAAAGAUCUACGUUGACCAAGCUCGAGUCCAAGUUGCGUACCAACAAUCGCUUUGUGAGGCUGUUUGCAUUGACCAAAGUUCGUGCAGGUUGGGAUACGGCCAAAUAGUGGAUCCUGCGCCUCUGCCUCCCGCCAGGCUGAGACCGACGCACCCACAACCUUCCUACGUCGAGCACGGAAAUGGCGAUACUCAUCUGCGAUUCCGACACCAACACGGGAGAUCGUGGACGUCAAGACCUUAUUCUCCAGGUGCACGGUGAUCGAUGUCCCGAGGGUCGGCCCAAAUACCAAGUCGUUGGCUCGCUCCAUCCGUCCGCGAUGCCUCUCCGUUACCCACUACUAUGUCCUGCAGGGGAAGAUGGCUUCCACCCCAACAUUCCUCUUUGCGGGUUCCACCAAGCCGGGCCGCCAAUCGCCAGAAACCGAGAGCAGAUCGACAAUGGUGUCCAAUUGCGCGAGGUACUUGCCGGUCUCGGUCUGGAUGACGAAGACGUACAGGAGGACGAAGACCGCGACGAUGAGGAUGAAGACGGCGAGGAAGGGGACGAAGAGAAUGGUGAUGGUGAACGUACGCGUCUUCGGCUCUUUCUCGGAUGUUCCAUUCUGUCUAAGGCGCAAGCACAGACUGACAUUGAACUUUUGAACACCUAGGACGAAGGUCAAGUAAAGGGGUCGAGGUCGAGGUGGCGAGUCUCGCGUUCACAAUUCUUUGCGCACUACUUGCCAAAGGUGACAAGUACUUCUCAAUCCCGCAUUGCACCCAACGUCCCUUCCUGGAGUUUGUGAUUUACGGAUGUACUCCCAAGUCAAGACCGAUUGACUCAACACAUCCGGUUGCAUCAAGAGAACCUACACCUCACCACGACCCAAGGCAUCAACGGCUUGACCCCGAACCAAAUCGCGACAUCACGCAGCGAUACCAGGAUGCGAUGGCGUGCGUUGUCAAACAUGGAAAGCCUCCGCUGCUCAUCACGAUGACGUACGACCCCGACUCACCGGAAAUCAAGGCUGCACUGGGGCCAUAAAGCAUGCAACCGUCCGGAUCUCAUUGCACGAGUGUUUGAAGCCAAGCCCGGCAACAAGCGACAUGCAGGCUGUUUCGGCGAUGAAUGGAAGAUGAAUGGAUUUUGUUUCUUUGCUGUACUUCGUAUUGUGUUUUCUUAACCUCUGCGCUGAUAUCAUGUAGACUGUUCGAUUAUCAUGCUAUUUUUUGAAUUUCAUCCUCCCGUUAAUUUAACGGGUUCCCACUGGUUUCUCCAAUCUCCGAUCCCAUAACGCCGAUGUCUUUCUCCUGAGCGAAACUGGCCGACCUCCCCCUGAUCGGGUUGCCCAGUGGACUCAGGAGUGCCGAGACUUGAAGCUUUCCGCUCUUUUCACCCCCUUCAACAAUACUGCCAUACUCUGGAAGAGUGACUCGCCGGUAAUUACUAUUGAUCCCGAGUCGCCUCCCAACACUCUUCGUGCCUCUUUUUCUUUCCCGGACCGAGUCACCGACGCCACCUUUCGUGUGGGUGAUUCAAAGGUCCGGGUUGUCGCGCCUUCCUCCGACAAGCCAGACAAAAAGCGCUUCCUCUCACAUCUCAGCACCGCCCUCCGACAAGUCGUACGUGACGAACCUCGCCGCCUGCGCUCCUAGUCGGGGGGGACUGGAAUUGUGUUGAGUCCCAACUCCUCGAUUCGGAGAACCAAAAAGGUAUGAAUUACGGGGGUCAGGAGAUGCGCGGCCUUGCCACGGCAAACAAUAUCUUCGACGUAUAUCGGCUCCACCAUCCCAAAGGACGAGACAUGACGAAUCGCUCAGCGCCCGGCACGUGCCGACGCCUUGACCGCAUCUAUGUCUCGCCUGACUGGGUCGACCUCUUCCACGACCACAAAAUUUGGGCUCCUGUCCUCAAAUCGACGCACUCAAUGGUUGUGGCACGGUUCCAAGUGCCGGGCGCAAUCGACAUCGGUCCGGGCAAAUUCAAGCUGGGUUUGCACGUGAUCGAGGGCGAUGCGACCUGCGAGUACCUCACUUCCACCGUCCGCAACCUCUACAACGAAGCCCUCCUCCAGACGCCCAACGACCCAACAGCAGCCUGGAUGUCCACCAAACAUCGCCUAUUGCCCGAGCUGCAGGCUCUGGCCCGGCCCACGCGAGCCCACGCGCUCGCAGCUCGGUCGGUGCCUCAACAUCGGCAGCACAGGUUUGGCUGGUCUAUCUUGCCUUGCGCAUACUUUGGAUUUGUAAAUCGCAUAUGCAAUCAUGAUGGAAGACGGCGACGGCCUCUCUUUCUCUCAAAGCACUCCACAAGGUAA